UAUCCCCUUCUCCUUAGAGCCAGAAAAAUGCCUCUUCAGCCUAAACCGACCCCCCAAAUCCCUGAUAGCGUACUCCAAUCAUUCUCUUUGAAAGGGAAGGUGGCGGUAAUCACUGGUGGAGGAACGGGGAUCGGCUAUCAAGUCGCAAGGGCUUACGCUGAAGCUGGAGCGGACGUGGCCUUGUUUUACAAUUCAAGUUCGAAGGCGAUCGAUCUUGCGAAGGGACUUGAAAAAGAGUUUGGGGUUAAGAGUAAAGCGUAUAAGGUCCCAGUGACAGACUCGAAGAUUGUAACGGAGAGUAUUGAGCAGGUCGAGAAGGAUUUUGGAAGGCUAGAUAUCUUUGUCGCUAACGCUGGGACGGGUGGGGGUGGACCCGUCACCGAGAUGACGGAUGAACAAUGGCAUCGAGUCAUUGAUGUAAAUUACAAUAGCGUAUUUUACUGUGCGCGUGCUGCUGGAAGGAUAUUCAAGAAGCAAGGAUAUGGAAACUUUAUCGUCACGUCCUCCAUGAGUGCACACAUCGUCAAUCGUCCCAUAACGCAGGCUACAUACAACGGAACGAAAGCCGCGGUGACGCAUUUUGCCAAGUCUUUGGCGUAUGAAUGGAAAGAUUUUGCACGAGUGAAUAUUGUUUCUCCCGGAUUUUUCGACACAGAUAUGGGAGCUGCUCCUGAGGUCCUUGAUGUUGCUUUCGACACGGCUGUGCUUGGGCGUCAAGGAAACACGAAGGAACUCAAGGGCAUUUACCUUUACUUGGCGAGCGAUGCGUCGACGUUUACGACAGGAAGUGGUGAGUCCCUAUUUGCCGCUUUUUGGAUCGCCCUUUUGUUUGUUUGUUUGUUUUUUUCACCGAUCAAUGGGUGCCAUGUCGCCCUAUUCUUUGGAGAUCUGAUGUCGAGGAACGCAGAGUUUUAAUUGAUCCGUGGGAAUAUGCAUUUGCUGACGAUAUGGUUUUGCAGACGUUAUUGUCGAUGGAGGGUAUACGCUUCCUUGAGCGGACCCGCAGUUCAUUCUGCAGAGUGUGCAUAGAGAGAGCGCUUUUCCGUUGGGAGUGUCGCUGCGUUCAUCACUGAGAUCGGGUCCGGACAUCCGCAUGAAAUUCGAAAUGAUUAGAGUAUGUUGUAAUCCGGCAGUAAACACAGAAUACAAUAAAGAAUCUUUGCAAUAUUGCC